AUGGAUGACAAUCCAACACCAUACCGCAACGGAUUCACGUUUGUUACUAUUGAUGAUCGUCCCGGUCCGAGUAAAGACGGCACCACUGGCGGCAACGAAGAUCCGGGGCGAGGGAUCGCGAGUCUUGCACUCCCGUCGGCGGAGAUGGAGGGAUCGGCAACGGAGGGAAAUCACGGAGGCGAUCCCCGCGCCGAGCAUGCCGCAACCAAGGAGUCCGAGGCGGCGGCAACGCAGCACCAUCUGACGCUGCUCCAGCCGACCGUGGUCGAAGUUUCUGCAGCCGUGCUGGAUAAGGACAAGGUGGGGGAGCACGAGUCGGUGGGGCUGGUCGGUGGCUCUCCACCUUCUGGUGGACGGGGGAGGCGUAGGCAGAGGAAGAGCGAUGGGGAGGACGAUUAUGACACCGCCGUACCUGGGGACCUCAUUACGCGGGCGAAGAGGCGGCAGACGACAGGUAGUGCUGACGACGCCGAUGGCGCGGCAGUUGGGACACCGCGAGGCGCCAAGGAAGCCCGUGGCAAGGCGAGCGGUCAAGCAUUGCGCCAGAAGGGCCGACCCGCAGCAAGAAAAGCAUCCGGCGGAAGGAGAGGCAAGAAAGCAGCGACGGAAACAAAGCCGAAACGGGGCGAUGAAGACCCCGGUGAUGCGGAGGAGGAGGAGGAUGAGGAGGAGGAUGCGGAGGGAGAGGAGGAUGAAGAGGAAGCGGAGGAGGAUGACGCGGAUGUUGGGGAGGAUGAAAAAGAUGAGAAUGAUGGCGGGGAGGACGAAGAGGAGGAGAAGGAGGAGGAGGAGGAGGAUGAGGAGGAGGAGGAGGAGGAGGAGGAGGAGGAGGAGGAGGAGGAGGAGGAGGAGGAGGAGGCAGAUGAGGAGGAGGAGGAGGAGGAGGAGGAGGAGGAGGAGGAGGAGGAGGAGGAGGAGGAGUAG